AACAAGAUAACAACUUUCUGCUCACUCUCGACUGAACUCUUAUUAUAAUUAUUGGGCGUGCGAGGAUGGUGACUUGAAAUUACUCCUAAACACAAUGUGAAGCCCACAUGACCAAGCACGUAACCCAUUUUGCAGUAUUAUCACUCCAGAAAGCUGACUGCGCAGAAUGCACGAAACAUUCAGAGAAUACUUUCUUUCCCAAACUCAUGAAUGGACAUUUGUGUCCAAAUAAAUGUGCUUGCUGUUGAGCCACAUUUGCACUCAAUCCAUGUCUUCAAAGUGCGAACCCAAAGCUAUUGGUGCAUUUUCUUUUAUUAGUGGGGGUCAAAAUGUGUCGAACACAAUGAAUGAUUUGUACAGAAAACAAACACUAGUUGGAAGUAGUCGUCAAAAAUUAUUUACCCUCUGUAUAAAAGUCUCCUUGUUGUGGUAUGCAUGAAUGCUCGCCUUAUUCUCACUAUGAACCCCUUUCCUGAUGCUGUACAUGGAGAUAUUCACAUAAAAGACAUGGUCAUCAAAUAGCUUUGUGUGGGCCUUCAAAGCCGGGUGUCUUCAGCUUCCAACAAGUCCAACAACAAAAAAACAGAAAAAAAAAUCAGUGUCGCUCUGCUGACCAAACAUAAAAAGAAACCAUUACAAAGGUUGAACUGUUUUACCCCUCUUUCACCCUCCCGCCCUUUCUUUUGGCAGAAACAAUGUUGCUGCAUUACUUGACUGUUAUCCUUCCCCCCUGAUGAUUUUCUUUAGCAUUUUUUACUUCUCUUGUUUGAACAGAUGCUGCCCCCCUCCUGGCGCCCCCAUCCUCUGGGACUGCUAUAAGGCUGAGCACAAUGAGCCUCGCCGGGAAGACUCCACGGGGCGGUGAAGAGAGAAGUUUGAAGCCCAGCUGCUGCUGUUCAGGAGACGGUGUGUCCGAGCUCUCACGACGUCGCUACCUUUAGUUUAUUUUUUUUUAUUGGGAAGUUAUCACCGACUUCAGUGAAGUUUUUUUUAUAUAUCUGACCUGAGAGGACUGCACAUCCGCCCCGGCAUCAUGACUCGGAGAUCCUGUGCCAUUUACGCCACCGGGAUCGUGUGCGCUCACCUCCUGAUAGUGGGGAUCGCCCUGGUCGUGGCUCAAGUCUUCCAAACAAUGAUCCACAGCCGGUUAAAAAAGGAAAUCACUUUGACAGAGAAGAGCCAAGUGUUUGAAUCGUGGAAGAAUCCGCCUCCACCUGUUUACAUGGAGUAUUACUUCUUCAAUGUGACCAAUGCAGAGGAGUUCUUGGCGGGCGGGAAGGCAGCUGUUAAACAGAUCGGACCUUAUACUUACAGGGAAUACAGGCCGCGGGAGAACAUAACUUUCCUGGAGAACGGCACCAAGCUUUACGCCCUCAACCCCAAAACUUUUGUGUUUGUGCCGGAGAAGUCAGCCGGUAACCCCGAGGUCGACCUCGUCAGGACCGUCAACAUCCCGUUUGUGGCGAUCAUGAACGAGCUGAACUCCUACUCCUUCCUCCUGCGAACUUUCGUUUCCAUGUACGUAAACUCACUGGGCGUUGAAAUGUUCAUGACGCGCACCGUCCACGAAGUCCUGUGGGGCUUUAAAGACCCUCUCCUGACAAAGGUCCACACCAUGAAGCCCGAGGUGGACGAAUAUUUUGGGCUGAUGUGGAAGAAAAAUGGCACCCAUGAAGGAGAGUUUGUGUUCCACACCGGCGAGGAAAACUACUUGGAUUAUGGCAAGAUAGACACGUGGAACGGCCUGAGGGAGAUGUCGUGGUGGUCCUCCAAUCAGAGCAACAUGAUCAACGGUACAGACGGCGCGGUCUUCCACCCUCUGAUUAACAGGAACGAGCUCCUCUACAUCUUUGCUGCUGAUCUCUGCAGGUCUAUCCAUCUAGCCUACGUGGAAGAUGUUGAGGUGAAAGGCAUCCAGGCAUACCGCUUUGCACCCCCUAAUGACGUCCUCAUGAGCCCUAAAGACAACCCCACGAACGCGGGCUUCUGUGUGCCAGCUGGAGACUGUCUCGGCACCGGGGUGCUCAAAGUCAGCGUUUGUCGAGAAGGUGCUCCCAUCGUGGUUUCUUUCCCCCACUUUUACCAAGCCGACCCCAAGUACAUUAACGCUGUUGAGGGACUCAGCCCCAACAAGGAGGAACACGAGACGUACCUCGACCUGCAGCCGACCACAGGGGUUCCUAUUCGUGCCUGCAAGAGAGCUCAGCUCAAUAUCAUCCUGAAAAGAGUCCCAGGCUUCCCCAAAACCAAGUUCAUCAACGAGACCAUUUUCCCCAUCAUGUUCGUCAAUGAGACGGCGACUAUUGACGAUGAUUCUGCAUCCCAAAUGAGGACGCUGCUCCUCAUUGUGACUCUUGUGUCAAACUUCCCGUUGCUCAUCGUUGGCAUGGGCAUCAUCCUGCUGCUGGUGCUCGUCGUUUUGUUCUGCCGAAACCGCCAAAAGAAGAAUGAAGUAAAACGUAUUGAUUUUACUGAAGCUUUUCAUUCUUUUACUACGGUGAAAGACGACACGGCCUACACUCAGGUCAGCGACAAACCCGACGAGCCGUCAGAAACGCAAGCCAACCAGCCGAUGAGGAACGGCUCCUACAUCGCCAUGUCUCCAGUGGAGGCCCAGAAGUGUUGAUCGAGGAUCCCCUCCCCAAGCGUGGAGCUCAGGAAGGGGGCUGAGGGAGCAGCACAGGGGUGUUACAUUACCACGGGCGGGGGUUUGCACACACAGCGGGCUCUUUUUCACUUAUUCCCGGGGGUGGUGGGUAUGGAAAGGCCCAGUAAACGUUUAGUUGACUAAGACAUUGCUCCUCUCACUGAGCCCUCUUAUGACUGUCUGUCCUCCUCUACUCUACCUGCUGAGCAUGGCCCUCACUGCCUGCCGUACUGCAACACAACAAACUCCCACACUCUGAUUCCUCCGUCCUGGUCGUCCUUUGAAGACGAAGGGACUCUGGGCGGCUCGGCCAGGACAAGCCUUUCUUUCUCCGUAAUUCUUCUGAGGGAACACGGUAGCAUAGCUGUCGCACAAGGAUGCAUGAGCAGACUGUUCAAAGAGUGUUAGUAUUCCCCUGAACAACAGUGGGUGUUGUUACCAUCGUAUUCUCUCUCCAUCAGAUGAAACUUCACACCGACAGAU